AUGCUGCUACGAUUUCGAAGAGCUGCGAAGGCUCUGGUUCUCCUAGCCCUGCUGCAACAACUCAGCUCCUACGCCUUUAUUCCUUUGAGAUUUCGACCAACAUCUUCGGAUGCCGGGCGAGAGGUGACGGUGCAGAGACCUGUGGUGGCAACCCAAGAGCCACCCGUGCAGGAGACAGCCACAGCCCCAGCAGAGGAGGCAGAGCCGGAGGAGCCGGAGCAGGCGCAGCAGGCAGAGGAACCACCGGAGCCCGACGACAUGCCUAUGCUUGUGGAGGUAGAAGAGGGCCUGGAGAUGGCUGCCAAAGACUACUUGAUUGAUCUCAAGAAAGAGCUGAUCAUUGCAUCGCAGCGACGCAAUGAGACGAGCAUGGUCAGUAUGCUGAAUCAUUUCGGGCCCAACUCCAAGGAUUCAUGGCUGGCCUCGCUGCUAGGCCAAGCCUUGAGGGAUAUCCUUCCAGAACUGUCCGGUGCCGAGCUUGGCUUUUUAGUGAUGUCCAUGGCGUACUCGGAAAUCCGAGCAGCGUCUGUCUGGCACAUGCUGGCAGAAGCUGCCAUUGAAGCUGCGCUCAUCGAAACACACCCGCGGGCGCUGGCAGAACUCGCAUUCGGCUUUGCCUGGGUUCAGUGGCAGCAGCCGGACCUCUUCACUGUCCUGCAGGUGGCCAUGGGCUUCUGCAAGGGGAAGGCCACGGAAGAGCAGAAGCGUGCCUUUGCUUGGUCCUGCAGUCGUGCUCAGCAGCCGUGCACCAAACUGUUCGGGAAGCCCUCGCCAAAGGUGGAGACGAGUGUUGCGUCAAAGUUUUGGGGAACAAUCACAGGCAUGUCCGGCACGAAGUCCAAUGCAAAGACUUUAUUGGAAGAUCCUUUGCCGGUGUUGCUUCUGCCCGAGGCGGUCCCUGCCAAGCACUGCGACGCGCUGCUGCAACUCGCGGACUCGCAGAAGCUGUGGAUGAACUCCAGUCAGCUCAUCGCAAACAACGACAAGGCCACUCGUCAGAAGAUUUUACGCUCCUCCCGUACUUCUUCGACAGCCCUCCUCGCGUGGCACGAGAAGCAUCCAUCAGUCAGAGCUGUGCGGGAGUGGGCAGCCCGCACGCUGCAAGUUCCAGAAGACUUCAUUGAGCCGCUACAGCUGGUCCGCUACACGCCAGGGCAGAAGUUUGGAAAGCAUGUGGACUGGAUUGGUGAGAAGGACCCUGGACUCUGGGCUUUUGGUCAGCGCAUGGCAACGAUGCUCGUGUACCUGAACACUGUGCCGGGAGGUGCUGGCGGCGAGACCUCCUUUCCGGAGUUGAAGCUGGAAGUCACUCCAACAAAAGGCUCGGCCCUCGUGUGGCCCAACGUGGAUGCUGCAGGCAUACCCCAGACAAAGGUUCUGCACGAAGCACUUCCCGUUAACGGCAACCAGGUGAAGUAUGCGAUGAACAUUUGGGUCCGCGGGCGAUCGCUGCCGGAUCAGAAGUGGAUCAAAUGGAUCACUCCAGGUGCUGGACACUACACCCUGCCUUCUGUUUCCUUCCCGGAGGUUGUGGAGCAUGGUGGGUCCCAGACAGGUGGCUGGAAGUAUGCUGAGCACAAGGUUCCUCUAGACGAACUGGCUAGCAGAGUCUUCACCAGCCAUCACACCAAGCCAGCAUCAGAGAUGCCAGAGCUUGCGCGUCACAAGCUCAGUGCUGCAACAGCUGCAAUGAUAACCUCCGUCGGCCUGGACAUUGUGGACCACGUCCAUUGGCUAGCAAACUAUCACUACCAUUUGGCACAGAAGCAAUGGAACAUUGACAAAUACGAGGAUGAGAAGCAGGUGGAGGAAGAUGAUUUGGAUGAAGCUUUCCGGCCGUUCGGCACCAUUGUCAGCCUGCAUGUCCCCUUGAACAGGAUGACCGGGGAGGCUAAAGGCUACUGCAUGCUGGAGUACACGGCAUACGAAGAAGCCUCAGCGGCGUUGGUGGCCAUGAAUGGCAGGGACAUGAGACAUGGCAUCCAACUGUUGACCAUGGAACAUUUGCGCAUUGCAUUGCUUGCCCGCUUGCGUGCGAUCGAAGAGUCAGGAAGGGAUGCUGCAUUAAAGUGGCAUGGCUUUGCAAGGAGGACGGCCGGGGCCAGAUAUGCUCAGAUCGCGGCGCACUGCAUUCGCUGCAUGGCCCAGGGGCACUGCACCAACCGCUUCAGUCACAUUUGCACCAUUCCGCCGCAGUUGGCAGUGGCUGCCGUGCAGAAGACGCGCAAGUUCCCUUCCAUUCAGGAGCAGGAGCAGAAGGAGAUGAUGCACCGACAGGAAGUCAUUGCAGAGCGGAGGAAACGAGACGAACUUCAUGCAUGGGCUGACCGCGAGGAGCGGCGCCUGGGCCUGAAGCGCAUGGAGGUCAAGGAUGAGUUCCAGCCCCACCAGCGCUUCGAGGGUGAGGUGGUGGAGGCCAACCUUCGCGGGCCCCAUCCCGGCUUGAAACGGGCUCCAGGGUAUACCUGGUGCAACUCAAAGGACCGACGCGAUGUGCAGUCCAGAAAGAUGACGGAUCUGAGUCACGUCCGGUCUUCUUCGCACUUCGAUGGUCCUGGGCCAGGCGAAUACUUAGGCCAUGAAGAGCAGUCACGAUUGCUCAAGAAGUCGCCCUCGUACGUCUUCGGUCUGAAGAAGCCCGCCGCAAAGAUUGUGGGCCCUUCACUGAAUGGCCCUGGCUACACUGGGCCAGACCAUGCCUGGGACAGAGUGUCCAAGGUGGAGAUUCGGCAAGGAGAAUGCAAGGAAGUGACCCCUCAGAUUUCAGCAUCUUCUGGACAUGGAUCCAUUCAGAUGGCAGAGAGUGGCGACUCUGCCUGGCUCAGGAAGCUGCAGGAGCUGGCAGUAGAGCUGGAAAGUGGCUUGCGCACCAGUGCCAAUCGGGAGAGCAGAGACGAAAACAGCAGCAAAGCCAAAGCCGAUGACGAGACGUCUGCCAGCCACGAGAUAACCAAAGCAGUCCGUCAGUCAGUGCACAUGCUCGAAUUUGUUCCAGGUAAGGAGCCAGACUCCGAGCGCACGUCGUUGGACAUUCUGCAGGGCAUAGGGGACGCACCUGGGAUGACGUUUCAAGAGGCACCGCGCUCAAUAGGCUCCCAUGACAUCGUCACGGAAGGGGCUUCCUUUCCCGUCGAUGCAGUCCUCACUGAGCAAGCUGUCCAUGUCGGACCAGCUGCCCGACCAGCAGAGAUAUCGGAGCAAGCAGCGCAGCGGAGAAACCCAAGUGUCGAAUCCUUCUCUGCCAAGCCACAGCCUUCAACAGGGCGAGAGAUUGCUGCAGCAGGUCUGCCCGAUGUACCGGCCUCCAGCUUCUCUCGGGACGAGGCUGCACAGAGAGGUUCUGCAACAUUGCUCGAGAUGCCCGAAGAAUCGGGGCGUGCACCUGAUGUCCAGACCUCCAGCUCCAGGGAUGGGGCACAGCUGGACUCUUCCUCGGACGCGUCGCAGAUGAUGGCUGUGGUGUCUAGUGAGAAGUCCGAAGUCCCCAACACGGAGCCCUUUGCCUUGCCGCAGGCACAGGAGGCUCCACACAAGACUUCCCCGUCCAGGAGCAGGGCCACAGACAAUGACAGUCAAGAUGACGAUGACGGCUUUGGUGCCUCAAGCGCCAUGCUUCAGCAUCGAUUUGCGAGCCGUGUGUCGCGUCGGCUGACCCUAUGUGAUCCGACGACCAUCCUCGUUGCCUUAGCUUGGUUUCAGCUGUCGCGGGAAAAGGUCCAUUGCCCUCGGCCUGGUUUUGCAAGAGCCUUCAAGCUUCGGCUGGGUAGCCUCGGCAAUGAGACCUGGCGCACGGCUGCAUGGGCAGCGCGAUGGUUCGAACUGCACAGACGCCUUAGCCACGCACGUUCAUUGGCGCUGGCCGCCGCACGGAAGCAUCACGCUGUGGACAACGCCUCCAGCGCGGUGAGCCAUUUGCUUGAAGCCGCCUUCUGGGUGGUGCGCUGGUUCGAGGUUUACCGGAAGGUGCACAUCGCAAGACAGGCAGCCCUGUAUGUUGCCCGCACGCCUGCAGCCCAGAUCAUCCUAGGUCUGGGCUUUGCAGGGAGGAAGGCCUGUGACGACCUCACUGGAGUUUUGAAACGGCACACCAUUGUCGCCCAUCUCGCUUCGGAAAAAGCUGAGGUGAGCAACUACCUGGUGUGUGCAACCUGGGUGCUUCCGCUGCACUUGGCCAUCUCCGCUUUGAUUGCAGAGUGGCCGGAUGGCGCAGAUGGGCUCCAGAGCCGUGGCCGUGAGUUGGGCACUACGAUGGUUCCAGUGGCAGAGUCAGCGCGGCCAGCGGAGACGCCGAGCGGACUGACGCCCACCAAAAGUGACCAGGUGGCCCAGAAAUAUGCAGCUGCACUGGGAAAUGUCAGCCGCGCUGUCGCAGCCAGCUGGUUUCGCUGGUGGCGAGACUGGCUGGAGAAGGGGAAAACCGCACAUGCGAUGGCGAAGAAGUAUGCAUGGAUCCUCAACAAUUCAGCGCAAGCAGUGGCAAUGACCUGGUUCGAUCAUUUCAGAGCUGUCGCAACAGAGAGGCGCAGCGCAGCAGGAGCCGACGCAGCAGCAAAGCAGCGCCGACAACUAGCUGAGUCCUUAGGCAGGCGCUCCGGUGAAGACGCAUCUUGGGUGGUGGCCCGGAGCUGGUACCAGAGCUGGAAUCACGCCCGGUGGGUGCAGCGAUUCCAGCAACGACUGGCGGCGAUGCCGUCUGCGGCAGGGAGUUGGAGCACUUCGGGCGUGGUCGUACAGCAGUGGCGAUUACGAUGCGCUGCAUCCGGCAUAGCAGCAACGAGGGGGUCACGCAGGGCUCGAUGGCGCCGACUGUUCGUUGCGGCUCAUUCCGAGUGCUCAACGUCCUUGCAUGGUUGCCUCCUUUCCUGGCACAAAACAGCAGUUGAUCUCGCUCGCGCACGACGUACUUUUGACAGAAUGAUCAGCCGCUUAAGGCAUGAUGCGGCCGCAACAGAACAGGUUCUUCGAGUAUGGCAGGCUUGGAGCUACGAGACAGCCAAGACGAGAGCGUUCAAAGUGAUGGAGGAAGCAAUCGGUUUGCGCGAUGAUGGCUUGGCGCUUUGUGCGCGGGUUGCCCGGCAGCGCGAAAUGAUGGGCCCUGCUUGGUCGCUGCUGGCAGUGUGGUGGUUCUGGGUAGCCACUUGCCGGACCUCGCUUGGGACCGUCCUCUCCAUGAAGGAUGCAGCACUGGAAGCUGGAGAUCAAGCAUGGCAGCGGCUCGCGCGCUGCACGGAGCUACAAUCUGCUGCGGCGGAACGUGCCCUGACCCCGAUUUGCUGCUGCAUGGCGUGGUUUGCAUGGGCCUCCACGACGUCAGCGGCGUGGCUCAUGAAGGAACGACGCGCCGUGGAAGAAGCCAAGAAGCGACCCGAGAUGAUGGCGGCGCGGUGUGCCAGCUAUCUCGAGGACUUCGAUGUGUCCCUCUACCUGUCCACCACCAUGUCUGCAUGGACACGGUAUGUCGCUGUGACGCGCAUGGACAAGUACCAACAAGAGCUUGACCUCACAAGGUCAAAUUACAAACUGGCAUUGGAAGAGCACAAUGCCGCCCUCGACACAGCCGGAGUGAAGUAUGAGGAAUCCCUGGCAAAGAAGAAGGCAGAACUGAAGGAGGUGGAACAAAGAUAUCUGACAGCAACAGCCAGCCGAAACGAAGCCGGAGAAGCCCUGGAGUCCCAGCUCAGCUUGGCAGAGGCGCAGAGUGUGAUGGCAACAGAGGAGAAGUACCAGCGCGAAGCAAUGAAGUACGAGGCCUCCCUCGAGACGUUGGCCUUGCGGCAGCGCCUGACUGAGGACAAGCUCAGCACUGAGGCUCAGGCUGCACAGGACAACGAGGCCCUCGUCAUGCAGCGCCAUGCGGCCGCCUUGAAGUCCAUGGAACAGAAGCAUCACCUGUCGUUGAAAGCAGCCGAGCAGAAAAUCGCACGGGCUUUGGAGAAGCAUCGGCUGGACUUGGAGAUGAAGUACAAAAACGAAGCGGAGAAGAGGCACCAAGCGGCUCUAGACGAAAUGCUAAUGGUUUUGGAGCGGCAACGGGCAGAGCUUGCCAGCAUGGAGCGAAGUGAGGAGCUACUCGUGCAAAAGACGGAGCUGUCUGAAGCACGCUGGAGUGCAGAGAUGGAGGAUGUUCGCUUGGCGUCACGGCAGCAGUGGGAACUUCUCUCACAGCAACACGGAGGGCAUUUGGAAGAAGCCCGCCGUGCAGCGCAUCUUGAAGCACAGCAGCAAUUCCAGACCGCUCUGAUUCAGCAAGAGGUUAUGCAAGGGGCCUCGGAGCUGGAGUGCCGUCUGGCCCUGCAGACGGCAGCACAGCAAGAAGAGCUGUCAACUCAGAGUCGGGAGGCUGCACUACGGGCAGCCGAAAACAAGCACCAACUAGCCAUCCACCUCUCCGAGCAGAAGAUCCGGAAAGCGUUGGAGAAGCACCGGGCAGACUUGGAAUCGAGGUACCACGAUGCCUUGAUGCGCAAAGAACAAGAAAAUGCCACCCUUGUCAACCGCUGUGCGACACUGGAGACAGAGCUGACAGCCUCAGAUAAGAAAGCCAAGAGCACAUUGGCGACAUCGCUGGAGGUUGCUCAACAGCAGCACGAGGCGGCCUCCCAGAUAGCAGCAGAAAGACAUGCUUUGGCCCUUGUGGAGCGCCAGCUCAGAGCUGAAGAGAGGCACGAAGCAUGCAAAGCAGUGGAGGAAAAGCAGGAGGCGUUGCUCUCCGACGCAGAGGAAAAGCUGUUGGAAGAGAGACAAGCAUCGGCGCAGAAGCUGCAGGAAGAAAUAGCGAAGUGCGAGAAGGAAUUGCAGGAAAGUCAUGAGUCCAACUGCGCGAAGAUGGCAGAAGAUCACCAGAACGAAGUCGUCAGGCUGGAAGCCGCCCUAGAAGCUGGCCAAAUCAAGUACCAUUUGUCGGUUGAGAAGUACACAAACGUGCUGGAAGCAACCCGACAGAAGCAUGACAAGGCCAUGGAUCUCCUCAAGAAAGAGCUUGAAGAGAAACACAUCACGUCCAUAGCAGACAUGGACCACCAGUACAGCCACGCCAUGUUACAGUGCGAAGCUAUUGCUGAAUCAGCAGAAACACGGCUGGAGCUUGUGGAACAGAAGUAUUCCAACGAAGUUGAGAGUCUGGAGCGCUUGCAGGAGCUCCAAAUGACCAGCAUGAAAACCGAUCUGGAGGAGCGCCAUGCUGCAGCUGUUGCUUCGGCCCAGAAGCAGGAAUCGCUGAUGGAAGCAGAGCAGACUUGGUUGAGGGAGAAGCAAGAGCUCAGUGAAGAGGCUUUCGAGCGGCGGGAGCAGAAUGCUGUGCAGAGGCUCACAAAAGAACUCGAAGCUGCAAAGCUGAAGUAUCAGCUUGCACUGGAAAGACAUGAGGGAGAGCUUGGAGAUUUGAAGUUCCAGCAUGAAACUGUGCUGAGGAGCCGAGACUCUGCGUUGGAGGCGCUAGCGGCAAAGUUGAAGCAGACGGAGCUGCGGCAUGGAAAGGCGAUGGAGGCUGCGGAAGCGAAGUUCCAGAAAGCCUUCGAUCGUGUGAAGAGGUGUGCCAUUGAAGAAGCCCGACAGCAGAUUCUGGAUCAUCGGCGGAGAUGCAAGGCUUGUCAGCAGGAGCCUCUGCCCCUUGAAGUUCGCACUGCCCCACCUCCGCCAAAAGCGAAGCCUGCGGCGAAGCCAAGAGACCCUGAACCGCAGCUCACACAGCGCAUCCAUGAGGUGAUGCCAGUGGAUCCGACACUCGUGGAGGUUACCCUGGAAAGUCUGGUGGUCCAGCGCAGCCGAAGUUGGAUUUGGGCUCAGGACAUGCAACGGGCCGUCGAUCAGGGCAUUCAGGGCAUCCUCGAAUUGCAUGAGGCAAUGCUGUUGCUGGUGGAACAAGCUGCGCGGCAUUCACUGCUACAGGGACAGGAGGACCCGAGGGCUGAAUCCCGUAUCGCCUCCGUGAAGCAGCUGGUCACACGAGUUGGGGAGGUGAAUGAAGAGCUUGGCAAGUUGAGGAGGGAUCGAGCAGAGUUCUGGUUUGCCCUGCAUGAGACGUCAGAGGAAGCAGUUCGCUGCAUGCGGCAGGCAAAUUCGCUUCCCGCUCCUGUUCCCGCUGUCGUGAAGCGGCUCGACUUCGAGAUUCAGGAGCUUUGCGAUGACCAGAAGAAGAUGGCGGAGGCUUUCAACGAGCUUGCGCUCCGCUUGAAGGCCGCAGGCGGAAGUUUACAGAGCCUUCAAGAAGCUCGGAACUCCCUGCCGAAGGGCGCACAUGCAUCCCAGGAAGCACAAGCACUGGACGAAGCAGGCGUCGAUGCCCAGAAGCUGCUUCAAGCCUCCAGGGAGGUGGUCAGCGCCCUCGUGGCCGAUGUCCGCGACCUUUUCUACUUGGUGGACGGCUCCAACCUUCGGCCUCGGCUGCGCCCGCACCCAGCACUGUCAGCACCGCCAGGGCCGCCAGGGCCGCCAGAGACCGAGACAGAGAGGCCGAACAGAAAUGAAACGAGCCAUUUUUCAAGCAUAGAAAGCAUAAAGCAUGGCCCGAUGCAGCCACGGCCGCGUGUUCGGCUAUGGCCAAUGUCAGUGUGCGCAACCAUGGCAGACUCAUGGCACAGGCAAAUCAUGCACCCGAUGCUGGAGCCGCCGGACAUACUGCUCGACGAGGCUGACGGACAGACGCAAUGCCGCUGCCUCGGCCAGGAGGCCAACGACUCCCAAGUCAGCCGGCUGCUUACAAGGGGUGAAUCUCCCCCUGAACAGGCUUUGAAGAUCUUCGAAGCUGGCCCCAAUGCAACUCUUCAUGAUGCGGCUUGGGAAGGCAACGUCGAUUUGGUGAGGAAGCUAUUGCGAAGAGAAAGCCCGGAUCUUCCGGAUGAAGAAGGGUCCACCCCUCUGCACUUGGCAGCGGACGAGGGCUACUUGGAGGUGGUGAGGUGUCUUGUCGAGGAGGGUAAGGCAUCUUGCGUGGAUGCAGUGGAUGGUGAAGGCAACACUGCCCUGCUGCUGGCUGCAAAGGAGGGGAGAACCAAAGUCGUGGACUACCUCCUGACGAGUGCCAAGUUGCAAGCUCCACAGCAAGCCAACUCAAACGGCGAAACGCCUCUGCUCUGUGCGGUACAGAAGGGCCGCGCUGACAUCGUGAAGCUGCUGCUUGGGCACUCCGCAACGGUGGACAUCUCGAACAACGAUGGUGAGACGCCUCUCAACCUGGCAGCGGGCAAAGGUGAUGCCGAAACAGUGCAGCUUCUCCUUGUCGAAGGGAAAUCUCAGUCUGUAGACACUCCAGAUCGCCUGGGCUGGACUCCUCUGCUCAUGGCUUCUCAUGGCGGCCAUGUCGGAGUGCUUCGCCUCCUACUCAAGAGCAGAGCUGCAACUGCGAACAGCCACAGCGGCACUGGUGAAACACCCCUCCUUCGCGCUGCAAAGCGUGGUCAAGUUGAGGUUGCCAAGCUUCUCCUCAACAUUGACGAGGCCGCAAUGAUCGACACUCCUGACCGUGACGGCCACACGCCUCUGAUGAUGGCUGCCCAGUUCGGCUUUGCAGAAACUCUCCGGUUGUUACUUGGCUACAAGGCAUCGAUCGACCUGCGCAACAAGGCAGGGUUCGCGGCAGGGAACCCACAACAUCACACUUCCUUGUGA